AAGACAGGCAAACCGACAAAGGAACACCAUCGCCACGCUACUCACCAACCAAACCAAAAGAAUGUGGACUUUGUGGGGGAGAAUGCCCGCACAAAAACGCCCCUUGUAAAGCUAAGGGCAAAACUUGUAAUUCAUGUGGCAAGCUAAAUCAUUUCGCCAAAGUUUGCCGAUCGAAACCAAACCAAAGAAACCACGUCAGGAACGUCACUCGAGAGCAAUAUGUCACGCAACAGGAUGUCACGCAAGCAUACGAAGACUACACCGAGGACUACACCUACACCAUCAGAAAUCCAUCAGAGAACAAGAAAUCACCAAUGKGCGAAGUCACMAUAGAUGAAGCAAAAGUAACAAUCAUGAUCGAUUCCGGAUCCUCUGUUAACCUUAUCGAUGAACCAACGUUUCAAAAGAUCUACAACGCRUCACGCAAGCARCUACAACCGAGUAAGCAUCGAAUCUAUUCUUACGGCAACAAGGCGCCRCUACCAUUAGUAGGAACUKUCGAAGCGACAAUCGAAUCUCACAACCAUACCAAAACCAACACACUCGUACACGUGGUCAGCGRUAAUUAYGGAAAUCUUCUAGGUCUGGAUACCGCGCUCGAGCUUGGACUGCUYAAAAUCGUUAACCAAACUACCACCACCACAGAURUAUSGACACACGUYAACCAAGAAUAUCAAUGCCUUUUUGAUGGYAUAGGRAAGAUCAAGAAUAARGUCAUAAAGCUCCAYAUCGACACAGAUGUACAACCUAAACAACAACCACAUCGCAGGAUCCCUUUUCACACCCGCAAAGAUGUAGAGAAGGAACUAGAAAGACUCGAAACCCUAGACAUCAUCGAAGAAGUUAGUGGUCCCACACCAUGGGUGAGCCCUGUUGUAACAGUGCCUAAAAAGUCUGGAGAAGURCGCCUAUGCRUCGACAYGAGGRAGGCCAACAAGGCAGUGAAGCGAGAARAACACUUGAUGCCCACCAUGGAUGAUCUAAUUGCCGACCUCAACGGUGCAACCGUCUUUAGCAAACUCGACCUAUCAUCAGGAUACCACCAACUUGAGCUCCAUCCUGACAGCCGCCACAUAACGACGUUCAGCACGCACGUUGGACUAAAACGCUACAARCGCCUGAUGUUUGGCAUAAAUGCCGCUUCAGAAGUGUUUCAGAAUGCGAUCGAACAGAUCCUAACAGGCUUGCCGGGAUGCAGGAACAUAUCUGAUGACAUUAUCAUAUACGGGAAAAACCAGAAAGAGCACGACCAGAACCUCCAGCAAGUACUCCAGAGACUUAAGGAACAUGACGUUCGUUUAAACAAGGACAAAUGUGUGUUUUCAAAGAGCGAGAUCAGUUUCUAUGGCCAUAUCUUCAGCAGCGAAGGAGUGAGACCCGAUCCAUGCAAAGUAGAAGCAAUCAAAACCAUGAGUAAACCAACCACCGCCAGCGAAGUCAGAUCCCUACUUGGCAUGACUCAGUACGUAUCGCGAUUCAUCCCGGGUUAUGCAACGAUCACAUCACCAUUGGGCGAACUAACUCGUCAAGACGUCCCAUGGACCUGGAACGACGAGCAGCAACAGGCGUUUGACAAACUAAAGGAACAACUUACACAAGACAGCGUUAUGGCAUACUUCGACCCUGCAUGCGACAGCGAGGUCAUCGCGGAUGCGAGCUCCUUUGGCCUCGGCGCCCUUCUAGUGCAGAACGGAAAAGUCGUCAGCUAUGCCAGCCGUGCGCUCACUGAUGUAGAACAAAGAUACUCUCAGACAGAAAGAGAGAUGCUAGCUUUUUGUGUGGUCAAUGGAACACUUUCAUCUCUAUCUAUACGGAUCAUCAGAAUCGUCACAGACCACAAACCACUUCUUGGAAUCUUCAAGAGUCACAAACCAAUGUCAGCUCGAAUUGAGAGAUGGAGGCUGAGACUGAUGCCUUAUGACUACGAGCUUAUCUACAAACCAGGCAAAGACAACCCUGCCGAUUUCAUGAGUAGACAUCCAUCGGCGGAAAAAGAAAGUCCUAGUAUCGCAGAGAGCUAUGUCAACUACAUCACAACCAACGCCGUACCUAAAGCAAUGACACUCCAAGAGAUCAAAACCGCCRCUAAGACAGACCAGGAACUCCAGUCAUUGCUGAAAGCAAUCGAAACCGACAAUUGGACUGAUCCAAUCGUAAAGCAGUACGCAAAUGUUAAGGACGAACUCGCAGCAUUCAACGGAAUGGUACUUAGAGGAAACAGAAUCACAAUCCCUCACCAGCUCCGAGAUAAAGCAGUCGAUCUCGCACACGUUGGUCACCAAGGGAUUGUGAAAACCAAACAGCUCAUACGUGAAUAGGUAUGGUUCCCACAC